AUGUCCGAACCAAAGCAAGCUAAACUCGAAGGACAUUCAUCAAUAUCACAACACGACAAAGCUGUUUUAAAUCGUCUGUUUAAUCCCAAUUUACCAUAUGGAGACUUGGUUGACGAGGAUGCGGCCGAGUUAGGAGAAACUGCUGAUGCUGAAGAAACCGAAGCACAUAAACAUGCUAAAGCAAUUGAAAUACAUGGUGUUACGGCUGCUGAGAGUGGGGACAUCCAGGCUGCCCUUGACCUAUUUAAUGAGGCCAUUUCUGUAGCACCUGACUGGGCCUCUGCUUACAACAACAGGGCCCAGGCACUCAGACUGAAAGGCGAUGUUCAUGGAGCUAACGAGGACUUGGACAAGGCUAUCGAGCUAAGUGCAGGCCACGGACGAGCAGCGUGUCAGGCUCACACACAAAGGGGGAUAAUUCGCCGACUGGAAGGUGAUGAUGAACAUGCACUGGAAGACUUCAAGAUAGCUGCUAAGCUGGGUAACGAGUUCGCCAAACAUCAGGUGAUGUUGAUGAACCCGUAUGCUGCUCUGUGUAACCAGAUGCUGGCAGAAGUGAUGCACAAGAUCCAGAGAGGAGAGAUGUAAACAAUACAGAUAGAAAAACACACACAUUCACUGAACUGAUUAAUGAAUAAAUAGUAUUAAAGUGGGCAAUAUAUCCACUCACAUCUAAUAAACAGUGGCUAUGGGAUUGAAUACUGGCAAAGAUUGUAAUAAUACAUAUGGGGGUUUCCUGUUGAAAUCUUUCCUUCUAAGAUAAAUAAUGUCAUUAUUAUUAACUCUAACCUGAAGAAAACCGAACUGAAGUGUGUUAUCAAUGUAUUUGUCACUUUUUCCGUCUAAAAUAGACGAAAUAUAGAUAUUACUUUUCUGAUGGCAGUGGUGACAAUGACGUCAACUUUUGUGUUGAAGUUCUCUGUCAAAAAAACUUGGUUUGUAGUUGCACCUAUAGCUGUUCACAGUGUAUUAAAAAUUAUUAUGGAAGGCGAACCAUUUAUUUCCGUGGAAUUCUUUACACAUUUAAUUAAAUAUAAACAUGUUAUUGAGUGCAAUGCAUUAAUGCACCUGAACCUUUAGUUUUUUUGUGACUGGUAUAGGUUAUUGUUUGAUGUAUUAGGAUUAUAGUCUACAUUCAAUUGGCAGCUAAGUUGAAGGUAUGAAUUUAUUGAAUAAAAGUUAAAAUGUAAA